AUGCCUCAACAUCACCCACAACAAGCACCUCCUCCCCCUCAGGCUCUCAUGUACCCCUCCCAACCUCCCAAUCUUUACGACCAACCUCCUUUUGCUCAACAACACCUCCAUCCCGACCUUCGCAAUAUCCAACCCACCCAACAGCCUCAGCCACCCCGUCCGAACCAGUCUCCGGCCAGUGCUGCCAGACAGUAUGCUCAAGCAGCUCAAGCAGCCCAACUACAACAGCAGCAACAACGAUUCUCUCCGCACCAGCACUUUCAGCCCGCACUCGCACCCGCUCCGGUAGCACAGCAUCAACUUGUACCAGAAUUACCCAACCAGAGCUUCGGCAAUUUCCUAGCUGAGGAUCGUAAGGUGCAUCCGCCAUCACCACCAGCACGCGAUCUCAUGCCCACUCCAAUGGCCGACAUGCCAGUGCAUAUGCGUCUACCUCGCAAUCAGGACGCCACUUGCCAGUUAGACAGCGUUAUGUUGGACUUUGCGACAGAGCGCCGCAAAGCUGCAGCCCAGGGCACGCCUUCCUCCUCACUAGUCGGCCCGGCCUACCCUUCUAUAUCGUCUCUCCUCAACCCAGCUCGCGCACCCAAGUCGCAUCCUUUGAGCAAGCUCUUUACCGACGUUUUGGCCAACCUUCCUGAAAUCGACCAGAUCCCAGAGCAGGUUGCCUGCUUGUAUAUAAUGUUCCUCGUCAUGCGCUGGCGCAUUGCUCCUACUCAGGAGAACUUUGAACGCCUACCCGAAUGGAUUCGCCCUAUCCGGUCGCAGCUUGAAGUCAGCCACCCCAUCUGGUUCGACAACGUGCCAUGGUAA